UUGGCUACGUGCACUUAAAAAUUUAACGAUGUAUCAACGUUGUGAAACCGUGUUGAGAAAUUGUUCCAAUGUCACUUCGGUUUUUUAGCUAAUAAAAAAAUUUAAACGUCCAAAACACCCUGGUGCGAUAUCCAGGGGAAAAUGUUAAUGUCUUUGCUCAGCAUUGAAGGUGUUGGGGAAGAAGUUAUUCUCAGCGCAGUCGCCUGUGUACUUGCACUCCUUGUGUUUGGAUAUUACAUGAUGAGAAAUGAAAGACGAGAACAAACUGUUCAUCCUGAAGAGAGGGAAAAUAUGAAUUUACUUCGUGAAUCCAUGAGUGUUGAACCGAGAAGGAGGUACGGCUCACAGAAUCAAUGUCCCGUGUGCCUAAAUGAUAUUGCCUACGAGGUGGAAACCAACUGUGGUCACGUUUUCUGCUGUAGGUGCUGGCUUGCUUACAGAGCCCAUGGAAAUUUCUUGGGGGCAGUCCGUUGCCCUGUUUGUAGACAGCAGGUUACGAUCCUGUUUCAGUGUUUCACCGAGAAUGAAUUGAACCCUACCAGCGGCUCAGAAGAAGAGCCGGAGCUCGGUACGUUCAUCCGCGAAAUUAACAGCUACAAUCGUCGCUAUAGCGGCGAACCCCGACAGUUCUGGGAAACUGUACGCGAGCUUCCCAUUUUGUUUCGUCAUCUCGUAAGUGAAAUCUUUUCGGAGGGUGGCUUCCUCUACUUGUAUCGCCUUCGUGUCAGCCUUCUCGUCGUUGGCUGUGUGAUCUACCUUCUCUCGCCACUUGAUAUCGUGCCGGAAGCCGCAUUCGGCCUUCUUGGCCUUGUAGACGACAUGUUGGUCCUGCUGGUCGUCAGCGUUUUCCUCACGAACGUGUACCGCAAUUACAUAGCUGACGGUGGCAAUAUUUUCGGCCGUCACAAUCAGCCUCCACCUUCGUCCACGUCAAAUUGACUUGAAACAUUAAAGUGCCGCUUAUCUCUUUCUAUUGUAAUCCUGCUCGAUUGUAUAUGUAGUAUCACGUGCUGUUUUUUUAAAUUCUGUUUGCUGGGGCCACUCAUUUGAAAGCACUUUGGGAUGGUGAAUUUCUUCUGCUUAUUUUUAAUCUGUUGUUCUGUACCCAUCCAAGAGAAGGAAUUUGUAUUUAUAGAAAAAUACCGACA